UAACAGUAGUAUUCGUACGUACGAUACCUACCCGUAGGCCGUACUUAAUAACGUUCGUUUGCUUGUUCGCGCACUAAUUCGCUAACUCUUCCUCCAUUAACAACCUCGCCGCCGACCUGUCACCAUUUCCGCAGAAUCCAUCAGAAGUUCGGUUUGACAUCAACGAUCCAUUCCAUCGUAUCCUUCCGAAAGACAAAAUUACUGAAAAUAAAAUUUGGAGUAGUUGUCACCUGUGCACCAUCCAGCCGAACAACUGACAAUUCAUAUUCAUACAAGCCAUGUGCAACAAUACCAGCAAAAGCAAUGGAACCAAUCGAGAUGCUGGCUCGGGGAGCAGCAGCACCAGCGACAAACAUAGCGACACGACGAACAGCAUGCAAUAUUCCGAAGUCAGCUGCGGCGGUAGCUGCACGUACCGAAAAAUAGCCGAGUGUGCGCUAGGACUAUCCCUACCGCUGUGGUCAACCAUCGCCGUCCAGGCCGAUUCCUCCUCUUGCCGGGUGUCGCGGCUUGUUGUUUCUACGAUGGUGUUUUACGGGGGACAGUAUGCGUUGCUAAGGCAUUUUGGGGGUUUGCUCCAGCCCCCUCUCGAGGUAUGGCAAUGGAACAAAGAACAAACAUCAAGCAUGGCCACACGUGCAGCUUCGGAAUGGAGGUCGCGGCUGCUGGCCAUAUUCAACGCUCUGGUCCUGUCGUACGGAAGCCUUCUCUGUUUUUUGGAAUGGCCUUCCUACUACCCCGAAUCAGAGGGAUGGAUAAAGACGGAGGAUUCAAGUUCGAAUUGCUUCUCGUCCCAUCCCGUUACCUUUGCCAGUCUCUUUGUGGGGUACCUACAGUGGGAUCUUUGCUGGCUCAUCUGGCACCGAAGGAGCCACCCCGAUCUUGGGUCGAUGAUCCACCACUCCAUCUUCAUAGCUGUGACCCAUUUCGUCCUUUGGGGGACCUACUUUCGAAAGCCUUUUGCUUGGCUUUCCMUGACUGAGGUCUCGACCCCCUUUCUGCACCUCCGGUGGUUCCUAGCCGCCACCGGGAGAAAGGGCGCCCGCAGCGGCGGCGGCAAGGACUCGUCCCUGUAUUUCUUGGCGUCGGUGGGAUUUGCUCUCAGCUUCUUGUCGACGAGGGCUGUUGGGUAUGGCCUCGGUCUCUUGGACUUGUGGCGUUCCUUUGAAUUCUGGAAGGAGGUCUGGGGAUUGUGGUGGGUGGUUGGCGGUUUGCACCUGGCAUACGGCUUGAACCUGUUUUGGUCUUACAAGGUAUGCUCGGCAUUCUUGAGGAUUCUGUCGCAUGGCAAGAAGAUACAGAAGAAAAAGAAUUGAGGAGAAACAAAUACGUCGUUUGAGUAUUACUGUAAAACAGGAUUGAAGAAACAACAUCAAUAACACCACAUCCACCAACGUCACAAGCAAGCGGAAAUACUAUUGGACAGCAAUGAACGGAAUCGAACCAAAUGUUUUUGUUCAUUUAAAAUUUAAACGAAGCAACUUCUGCGAAGAUUAUGACGGCGAAGACUUUUUUCCCUUCACCGUGCACGUAGUAGAAUGAUUGUUCGCACCACCAAAAAUGAUUUGCUUGCGAAUACAAACCAUUUGCCCUC